CGCCACAUCAGACGGCAGCCAGCCACUUCAGAGGUGACAGCCCAAUAGUGCGAUGCAACGGGUUAGCUUGUCGCACAGGUCACUCGCUGGAGGGGGAACGGCGAUAUCUGAUAAGAGCUCCAAGCUCCGCGUUUGCGUCGCAGGUUGCUAAACAACUGACAACGCUCUUGCACAUACAGCAUCUACCCAACUGAGGAUGCGUCUCUCUACUAUUCUCUUGGCUGCGGUCGUCAGACCGGUCGUUUCUUGGGGCAAUGUCGGUCACCGAACCGUCGGGUACCUCGCUGAGAAAUACUUGACUGAUGAAGCUGCCGCCAUCUACGGGGACCUGCUCGCCAACGAUCGCAACUAUGACUUCUCCGAUGCUGCGACUUGGGCUGAUACGCUCAGAGGCCACAUGGGCUGGGCAAGCAAGUAUCACUACAUCAAUCCCCGCGACGACCCCCCUAACAUGUGCGGCAUGAAGUACCCUCAAGACUGCCCAUCCAGCGGCUGCAUCAUAUCCGCCAUCACAAACUACACUUCUCAAAUCCUCGAUACGAGCCUCCCGCAUAUUGACCGCAAGAACGCGACAAUGUUUGUAAUACACUUCCUGGGCGACAUCCAUCAGCCCCUGCACGCCACAGGUCUCCUCCGCGGCGGCAACGACAUCCGGCCCGUCUGCUGGCGCCGCCAGCCCAACCACGGCGUCUGCAACGGCCCCAUGAGUCUGCACUCCGUCUGGGAUACCCAGAUUCCGCACCGCAUUCGCGGUCUGCCGCCGCACCUGAGCAUCCCGCAAGAGAAGGUUGCCGCCGCCUCAUGGGCAGCUGACCUCUAUCAACGCCAAGAGCAGGCGGGUGUCAACGCGACGGCCGGGCAGUGCAUCGAUCUCAAGACGGGUUCGUGUGCAUUAGGCUGGGCCACGGAGUCGAACGCGUAUGUCUGUUCGCACGUGCUGAAGAAGGGCCUGGCUUGGUUGAAGUCGAAUGACCUCAGCGAGGGGUACUUUGAUGAGAACUGGGAAGUCGUCGAUGAGGUGAUUGGGAAGGCGGGCGUGAGGUUGGGGGCGUGGUUGAACGCCAUUGCCGAGAGAUUGUCUGCUGAGCAGAAGGAUCCUGUGUUUGAAGAUCUUUGAAGAAUCAAACGGGCUUGGUCGCUGGGCAUGAUGUCCAGGCUAGACAGCAUUAUCUGAGGGCGAUACUUGGCGGGAUCUGAUUUCC